UAUCAUGUGACAGCGGCACUCCAUAGGGGACUGAGACUAGAUCUGAAAGCUUUCUGGAUCUGUCAAGAGCCCUGUGUUUCAACGCAUAAUAUCUCCACCUGAUUCAACAAAGAGGACAAACGCAGUGUUCUAGUGCAGCGUUUGAGUUUUCCAGGCUCUCAUUGUGUUUGCCAGUGUUUGUACUGGAGUUCAUCGUGCUGUUUAGGAGAGAGAGUGUGUCUGUGUGUGUGUGUGUGUGUGUGUGUGUGUGUGUGUGAGAGAGAGAGAGAGGGGUGUGAAAGUGAAGCUCUAUCAGUCUUUGCGGACUGGAGGUUCAAAAACAGCGGAAGAGAAAUAGAGAAAGAGUGAGAGUGAGGGGAAUUAAUCAGCCAUGGCAAAUAUCGCUGUGCAGAGGAUCAAGCGAGAGUUUAAAGAAGUGCUGAAAAGCGAAGAGACAAGUAAAAAUCAAAUAAAAGUAGAUCUGGUGGAUGAAAACUUCACAGAGUUAAAGGGUGAAAUAGCAGGACCACCAGACACACCAUAUGAAGGGGGCCGAUAUCAGCUAGAAAUCAAGAUUCCUGAAACAUAUCCUUUUAAUCCACCUAAGGUGCGGUUUAUUACUAAAAUCUGGCAUCCCAAUAUAAGUUCAGUUACAGGGGCGAUAUGUUUGGACAUUUUAAAAGACCAAUGGGCUGCUGCUAUGACUUUGCGAACAGUCCUGCUGUCACUACAGGCUCUGUUAGCUGCAGCAGAGCCAGAUGAUCCUCAAGAUGCUGUGGUAGCCAAUCAGUAUAAGCAGAAUCCAGAAAUGUUCAAGCAAACUGCUCGUCUCUGGUCUCACGUUUACGCCGGUGCUCCUGUGUCCAGUCCUGAGUACACACGCAAAAUAGACAAACUUUGUGCAAUGGGCUUUGACAAAAAUGCAGUAAUAGUAGCCUUGUCAUCAAAAUCAUGGGAUGUGGAGACAGCGACAGAACUGCUACUAAGCAACUGAUCAUCGAGUUGUUUUCAUCAGGCCAUGUUUCCCUCCAACCCCUCCUGCUUCAUGACCCGUUCACUCCCACCCAACCAUCCACACGUGCAUCAGCCAUCUUGGUUUGUGUUCAGAGUGAAUGUUUGGGUAAGAUCAGCAGUUAGACUGCAAGACAAUGUUUCAUCUUCUAUCUCUAGCAAAUGUCCACGUCCCUUGUCUUGUCUUUUUCCUCGCAUUAUUUUCACUUUGUUUUUGCCUUGCAACAAUAAUUUUCCCUCUUAAAUUUAGGAUGUCACUUCCCUUUUAAAGAAACCCAACAAAGACAAAACCUGUAUCACCGUCAUUACACACUAAAAGAAACCCCACUUGCAUCUGUGAAGCAAUGUUAGAACAUGUGAAUUAGUAUAUUUAAGGUUGUGUACAUUUAAAAGGCAAAAUACCAGGAAUGUUUUUUUUUCUUUCUUCUAUCUGUACACUAUAAAAUAGAUUUGCUUAUUUGAAUGGGAUAUUCUGUAUAUCAAAACAAAUUUUGAGAUUAAUUAGACCCCUUCUAUUUGACGCUCUUACGAUGAACAAAUGUGUUUUAUUUUGCUCAUUUGAUUCUUUUAAAGUUUCUUUUGGCUUGCCUUUGCGAUAAUCAGUCUGUAUAAUAGUUGAAAUGGCCAGAUGACAUGGUUUCAAACGUACUGGGUGAAGUGUUUUUUUUUUUUUAACCCCUUCUCACUUUUUUCCUCUUUUUGACAAAGGGGUCGAUGUGGUAUUGGUAGCCCAAAAUCCUUUCUCUACUUCUUUUCAAGGCAGCUGUAGGGGUUCGACUUGAUCACGGACAGAUAUACCUCGAGUUGCCUCAAGGUGUUUUUGUCUUUUUCUUUUUGAAGAAUGUAUUGUAUAAAACUUUCAUUAAAGUAUAUAAAGUUUGUACAUGCAGUGAGAAAUUGAAGACACUAGAGUUUGUACUCUAAUAAUGAUUGGCUUUUUCUUUGUGGAACAAUCAUAAUGAUGAGGUGCAUCAAAAACUGUUAAGGCACAAAACUAGUUGGUGUAGAGGUUUAAAAGAGUCUGUGUGAGGUGGGGUAUUUUUUGUUAUUAUACCACAUAUGUAUUAAGACUUCUAUUCGCAGGCUGCAGAUAUUAUUUCAUUUUUCACACGUUUUAAACUGAUGUAGCAAGCAUGAAUCAAACAGCUAGAGUUUUCUAUUCUACAGAUGCUUCAAAGCGAACGGGCCAAGAGCAAGUACUGCCACACAAUGCUUUGUGAACCUGUUUUUUACCUAGUGUUCUGUUCUUGCAGGGGUGAAUUGUUAAAAAAAAGGUUUAUUUUUUCCCUCUGUUACUUGACCUCCCUCUAUUUGCUAGGAUUCUCCCAUACCAUCUGUUUUCAUAAUGCCCCCACUUUCAUACACCUUUCUCAUGUACAUAUAGCCAAGUUUUUUGGGGGGGAUAAAAUACUGUUCAUCUCUAGAAUGCACCAUCGAUGGCUGGAUUUAUAUUUUGUAUGAAAAACAAAAAUGAAACAAAAAGACUGUCUUCCUGUAGUGAUCACCUUGUUCAAUAUUGCACGAAGUGAAUAAAAGGACAAAAACUUCUGUCAAAGGAGAAAUGCAGGUCAUAGGCUCUGGCUUUAGUCACUUUAAGCUCCUUUACAAAACAAGACAGAAGAAAACCUACUCGAGCCGUACAAGCAUGGUUAUUUAUUGUGAAAUUGUCAU